UUUCCCGGAGGGCGGAACGAACUUGUUGAUAAUUCUGUCUGAUGUCGACCUCCAGUGCGCAGGCGCAGCCCGGGUGACGAAGAUGGUGCUCAUCAAGGAAUAUCGUGUAGUGUUGCCAGUCUCUGUGGAAGAGUAUCAAGUCGGGCAGCUUUACUCUGUGGCUGAGGCCAGCAAGAAUGAGACCGGAGGAGGAGAAGGCAUCGAGGUGCUGAAGAAUGAACCAUAUGAGAAGGACGGGGAGAAGGGACAGUACACGCAUAAAAUAUACCAUCUAAAGAGUAAAGUUCCAGGGUUUGUGAAGAUGAUUGCACCAGAGGGAGCUUUAGUUUUUCAUGAAAAGGCUUGGAACGCCUACCCGUACUGUCGCACCAUUGUGACGAAUGAGUACAUGAAGGACGACUUCAUGAUAAAGAUCGAGACGUGGCACAAACCUGACAUGGGAACAAUAGAAAAUGUCCACGACCUGGACGAGCAGACGUGGAGGACUGUGGAGGUGGUUCCCAUAGAUAUCGCAAACAAAGAAGAAGUGGCCCCUGGGGACUAUAAGCCAGAAGAAGAUCCUGCUCUUUUCCACUCCACCAAAACAGGAAGAGGCCCUCUGAGCCCUGAAUGGAAGAAUGAGCUGUCGACAGAUUGUCCUCACAUGUGUGCAUACAAACUGGUCACCGUCAAGUUCAGAUGGUGGGGCCUGCAGACCAAAGUGGAAAAUUUCAUCCACAAGCAAGAAAAGCGUAUUUUCACCAACUUCCACCGCCAGCUGUUCUGCUGGAUUGACAGAUGGGUGGGUUUGAACAUGGAGGACAUCAGGCGGAUGGAAGAGGAGACCCAAAAAGAGCUGGAGGAGCUGCGUAGUAAAGGUCCGAUUCGAGGCACCAGUGCUGCUCAUGAGCAAUGAGGCAAAUCAACCAAACCCUGUCAUGAUGAUGUCAUCAGAGACACGUCCACCACCACCACCACCGCGAAGAUGAUGAUGAUGAUGAUGAGGAGGAGGAGGUGGCCUCGACGUCGCCUCUUCUCUUCCUGUCUCGCAUGAUUCAUUGGGGGGUUUGACAAGAUUGGUUAACAGUACUGUACAGAUCCUCCCCCAAUCACAAGCCUCCUGUUCACUCAGAAAACACACACACAUGGUUUUGCAUACAUAUAAAAAGAAAAAAAAAACUCUUUGCACAGAACGUAACUUGCCUGAUGUGUAAUUGUUAGUUGAUUAUGACAAUGGGCUUUGUUUUUAUUCAGGUGUGUAAACCGUGACUCAGAAAGUCAAGCCUUUUAAAUUAAUUAGAUUGUUUUUAGGUUCCCACAGAAAUUGUUAGCAGAUUACUAGCAGGUAUUGGACCAUUUAUCUCCCGACUGCCCCUGUAUUAUAACUGUCUGUCUCUACUUUAAUCCUUGUCUCUCCCCUCAAUAUUGUCUACAUUCUUGUCCUGAUAAAGUUUGUCCGGGUCUCCUCGCCCUUGUCUCACUGUCCCCUCUGUCUGCCAGUUGUUUAGGAUGUCGUCGUUCUGUUCUGUUGUAGUUUGACUUUUGAGGCUCAUCCCCUGCUGGUUCAAAGCAAACUUAAAGCUCCUGCAUGAUUGAUGGUUCCCCCCCACUCAUGCGCACAUUUCGACGUGCGCAGCAGGCCUCGUCCCCCCUCCGUCACAAGUGCAUGUGGACAACAGCAACUCCUCACUGAACUCGUCACUGCAUGUGUGUAGUCGCUGCAAUGCAGCUUCGCUCAGCGGAUUGUCGGCGUGUUGAUUUAGCGAGAGGCUCGGCGCCCUCCGGGGAGCCUGUACGAUACACCUGUGUGCUUGUUUGUGUUCUCAGCUGCCUUCGCUGUGUGUGCGCUCACAUGGAUUGCGUGGAUGUCGCGGAGGCCUGUGGGUGCUCGCGCCGCCGCCGGCCUGUCCGACUCGCCUCAUUGCCGCUGCAUGUCUGCUCUCCUCUGAGGGCCUCGGCAGAAGCUUCUUCUUUUAAAACAAACGAGGAUGAGAGGCUGUGCGUUGCCUCGUGCAUGAAUCAAGGUAGCUUUUUUAUAUCCUCGUCAAACUUCCGCUUCCUCUCUGAGCUGGCAGAGCGGAUGGGUCGAGGCGGACGUGAGGCGUUUGUGGCCGAGCAGUCUGGCUGUAUAGUUUUUAUUUUUAACCAUGUAUGGUGAUUUCUUUGGAAGCUUUUCAUCUACCUGAACGACAGGAAAGUACGAGUCCGGCUUUCCUCGAGCGUUUGUCGUUGAGGAUGAACCGAGUUGGGUUUCAGUCGGUUGUCAUCUUUAAGCUGCUCUCUUUUCCUGCUUCACUUUUCUUUUCGGCUGCGCUGCCUCCAGGUCGCAGGCGUUUAUCACAGCGAGAGCGUAAUGCACAUCCUGUUGGGCUUUAGAUUCAAAUAUUUUGUGGUGUUUCUGUGAUCAUGACGUAGCUUUAGUGCAGUUAUACAGCUCUGAUUUAAGACUUUGUGUGUUUGAUCAGGUGUGUGCGUGUAGGUUUUGUCGUAAUCGAUCUGUACGGUUUAAAGAGAGUUCUAAGUGUACUUUAUAAUAAGCCCAUUGCAGAAAUGGACAAACUGUACAUACAAACACUGACUUGAAUGGAAUACUCGCAGCUACUAAGCACUGUCAGGUCUAUCAUUCAAUACUGUACUGCUAAAAUUAACUCUGAAGGAAGUCCUGAUGUUUUCCUGAGCAGGUGUGAAGUGGAGCAGGCUGUCCAGGUUUUGUCGCUGUUGCCGUGGCUUCACUGUACCUCAUCCAUGCUUAUGAAUGUACAGCUAGGAGACAGACGUGUCGCCCCAUGCAGGAUGUUUCACACCUGUACAGGCAUGACAUGGAGCCGUUAUGUCAUCGACGCGUGAGGAGAUUUACUAAAACAGCUCUGGAUUCGGAUCUGCAUGCUUUACACUUUUCUAAAAAAAAACAAUGUUUAAAAAUUAAAAAAAAAAAAAUCUUUACACUUUCUUUCAUCUCGAUUGUUUGGUCAGGACGUCGGCGCUUUUUCUCAGAAGCUCUUGAACCGCAUCAGGCGAGAAGGGAAAUCCUUUGUUUUGUAGUUAAAUGGGCGGCUUCUCCUCAAAAUCAGACUGUUUUCAGCUCGACGUCGGAUCCUGAGCGAGUGUGAUGAUGACGGGGAGUCGCCCUGCACGCCAGCACAGGCUGUGUGAUGUCCACUUCUGUAGCAGAACCAGGUGAUGCCAGUGAGGGGAGGGAUGGACGCUUAGGGAACAGAUGGAGUCCAAAAUACUGUUUUCUUUAUUGUAAUCAUGAAUAAGCACUUGCAAAAUCUACUGUUUUAUUUUUCUUUUAUGUUUUCUUCUUUUCUUGUUUUUGAAAGACAAAGAUUCACAUGUACUCAAUUUUCUCUUUUCUGAUAAGGCAAAAUUCAGGGGAAUUAGUAGUGAAUGUAAUACAAUUAGUUCCUUUUCUUUUUCACAGCUUUCAAGCUGUGGCAGAAGGUCUAGACAAUGAAACAUAACAGAAUAUCUAAUAAAUUUGAACAAAUAAGA